AUGCGCAGCUCGAUCGCCGCCCUCUGCGCGGCGCUCUUGUUCGGAUUCUGCCUGUCGAUCGACGAGGUGGAUGAUGAAGCAGGCAUCGGCGAUGACGCGGCGCUGCGGUGCGGCAUGGCUCAGAGAUGGGGCAGACGAAAGCAGAUGGAGGAUCGGGCCGUGUGCCAUUGCCCUUUGCUUCAUCUGAGACUACAUGGAAUCAAGCAGGCUGUAUGCUUCCUAGGAGUCUACGAUGGGCAUGAGGGGAGCCGAGCAAGUCAAAGACUGGCAGAUGAUCUGGCUGAGGACGUCACUAAAAGAUUGAAAGACCCACAGAGGUUGUGGUCCCUACAGGCCAUCAAGGAUGCUCUUGAGGCCAGCUUGCGCCAUGUGAGCGACUCUAUCUUGGCCCAGGCCGUGCAAGGGGGUUGGGAAGAUGGGAGCACCGCUGUUGUGGCCCUUCUGGUGGGAAGCAAGUUGAUCGUUGGGAAUGUUGGCAACUCACGGGCGUUGCUGUGCAAACGUCUGGCUGGGAACGCCUCAGAGUGCGAAGCUGUGGCUGUGCCACUUACAGUGGACCACAGUCCAGGUCGGCAGGACGAGAGAGCUAGGAUUGAGGGUGCUGGAGGGGAAGUGCAUUAUGACCGAGGGUCAUGGCGAAUCGACGGUGACCUGGAACUGUCACGGUCCAUCGGAGAUGCACCAUAUAGGGAUAGGGGUCUGACACACAUCCCCGAAUUCAGCGAGUGGAUCACCGCAAAAGAAGAUGAUGGCAUUCUGUUGAUUGCAUCCGAUGGCGUCUUUGAGGCGAUGGAUGAGAAUCUGGUCUGCAGGUAUGCUGAAGAUUCACGAAGAGGCCAACUAGGCCGCCUCAAAUCCACACCACCGAUCAUCCCAAUACCACUUGGAGGCGAUUUGUCACCACUCCCACCACAUGGCAAGGCUGCACGGGGCCAUGACGAAGCGUCCGAGUGUGUCAUGGAGCAUGAGACGGGCCUGGAGGCCUGUUGCGAUUGCCAGUUGAUAUGUGCUGGCAAUGAGCACAGCAGCGAUGACCCUGGGGGGUGUAGCUCAUCGGAAGGUCCAGGGCCAAACACCCUGGAGCAGAUGAUCGCUCAUCGCAUUGUGUCAGAAGCAUAUAACCGUGGCUCAAUGGACAACAUAGCGGCCGUCACAGUGGAUCUCUCGAUUCUGAGCCGUCAGGUCCCCGCACUUCCCCACAGCCAGCUAUCCCACUAUCACACAUCCAAAGAUAUCGUGCUGCAAGGGAUGCCAAGUUCACGCCCUCAGGGUGUGCCACCCUCGGAGCUGGCUCUUGUUUCUCAGGACGGCCUCCACAAGUACCAGCUGACAAAGAAGAUAGCUGUGACACCGUGUUCGCUGUCAAACCAAUUGCAUGUCCAAUGGGAUGCGGCCGCGAUGCCUGAGCCCCACCAUCAAGACGGACCGAGCAGGGUGGAAGAUGGGAGUUCAAGUGCAGCCCUGUCCGCCCUGAAACAGCUCUCAACUGAUGUGUCAUUGAAACAAGCUGAUGCUAUGCAGUACAGCGCUGGGUCGAAUCUUGAUUUACCACGAACGAGCAGCCAUUUUCUCGACACCUCCACGGAAUUGUCGAAAUUAAUGGAGUUCAAAAAGGAGUUGAGGGAUGAUUCUUCAGAUUUGUGCAGUCCAUCGGAGUUGGUGGGCACAGCACUAGAGUUGGCGAAGGCUCUUGGGGAAUUGCCACUAGUCCCGUCCAUAGAGACUAGCCCGGACGUUGACAUUUGUCGCAAUGAAGAAGAUGAAAUUCAUAUGGAUGAUGUCAAAGUCCAUCCCAUUGGGCUGCAGUAUGCGCCCAUUAUGGUCAAAUUCGCCAGAGAAGCUUGGGGUGCCAUCCAAACAGGCUCUUUAGCAUUGCUUUCUGGUGCAUCUUGGCAAGUAUUGAGAUUGAGGGAACGGUUGGGGGUUUUUGAUAAAAAUUGGCAUUCUGCAUAUUGGGAGGGAGUGCCAAGAGGCUUGACGGUUGACUACAAAGUAAACAAAAAGUUCGCAGCUGGGAGUUUUGGAGAGGUUUGGCGAGCAGUGAGGACCAGUCCAGAAGAUGCCACCACUUCCGAGGAAGGUUUUGUUAUAAAAAAGAUUGUGGUGGAGAAAGGGAGUCACGCUCUACGAAGCGGCUUUCGGGAAAAGCAUUUUGGGGAGUUGUUCCUGCGAGAGUCACAACGGCAUGUACUGGGCGGUGACCAGCUGGCGAGGGGGUGUGAGCAUCUGGCAAGGUUUGUCGAAGCCCUGCAGCCAGGACCCUCUACCAACCUGUGGCUCGUGUUUCGUGACGAAGGUGUGUCCCUUCACUCUAUGAUGUACACCACAAUGGAGUUUCCGGGCAAGCAGGAAGAAUCGGAAGGUUUCGGGCUGAACAUAGUGAGACCGAGCACGUGGUGGAGGAGCAUGAGGCAAACGCCCCAUGGUGAGGAAAUCAUCAAAGAUGUGUUGCGCCAAUUGUUGGAGGCACUGAAGGUUGUCCAUGGCGCAAACGUCACACACAGGGAUGUGAAGCCUGAAAACAUACUUCUGCGGCCGGUGCCUGAUCCCGAAGGUGGGCCAAAGUACCACCUGCGACUGAUCGACUUCGGAUCUGCUGUGGAUGCAUACACGUUGGAGCACUUGUAUGGGCCGGAAGGUCCAAGCGAUAGUGAACAGACUGCAGAGUAUGUUCCACCAGAGGGGCGUUUCGGCAGGCUGCAAUUCCGCAAAGAAACAUUGCAUCGUGCGCAAUCUUACGACAUGUGGAGUGUUGGCGUGACAUGGCUAGAACUCAUUCUCGGGACGCCCCAUGUGUUUCACCUGUCUGCACGAACACAAGCACUUCUGGAGCAGACGAUCGACAUGAAAGCUCGUUCCGAGGCGGAGAAGCAGCACGCAUACCUCCUGCGUGGCCUCAUGGAGCUGUGCAUUUACCCACCCUGGAAUCGCCGACCUUGCUGGCACAGUACAACUGGAGAAAAUCCAGGUUCUGUGGCGACGAAUGCAUGCGAGGAAGGAGCGAUGGACUGUCAGGCAGAACAAGACUCCCGAGGUGACAAUUCUAAGAAUGAAGAAUUGCACCAGCCAAGGGAUGGCCAUUCAAGGGAUGAGUUCGCUCAUGAUGAAGGGCGUGCCUUCUGGGGGACCUUGCGAGGUGGUGACGGUGCCACAGCCCAGAAGCCGCGUUGCGAGGGUGAAACGCCCAUUGUUUCUUGGAGUUGCAGCGAAGAUGCGUUGCUGGAGAUCAUUAAAUCGAGAGACCCAACAGGUGUAGGCUUGCCGAACAAGGAGGCGCUAAAUUUGCUCAUGUCAAUGCUUGACUGGCGUCCAAAUCAACGGCCGACGGCCGCUGAAGCUCUCGACAGCCCCUAUCUCUCCAAGGCAUGA